AUGAAUCAAAAUAAGUUGACAAAGUAUUUUAAAAAUUCUAAAGAUGAUACUAACAAAACUACUACAAAUCAAACAUCCAUCAACGUACAUAAUGUAAACGAAAAAAAAUAUGGCACCAGAGAACGAAGCUUCCAAGCACAUUGGACUAAAGAUUUUCCUUGGUUACACUAUGCUGAAAACGCACAUGCUGUGGUGUGUUUCUAUUGCCAUACGCAAGAAAAGCGUGGAAACUUGAAGGAUCAAACAAACAAGGACACAGCCUUCACCUCAAAAGGAUUUUCAAAUUGGAAGAAUGCUCUUGAUAGUUUCCGAGGUCAUCAAAGCUCAUCAUGCCACAAAACCGCUUCCUCGUACCACUUGGUUCUACCACACUGUGCAGACGUUGGCGAGUUGAUGGACAACAUUCUCACCGACCAGAGACAGGUUGAACGAAAGUACCUCCUUGAUGUCAUUAGAUGUUUACGCUACCUUGGCCGACAAGGCAUUGCUCUUCAAGGAGACGAUAACAAUGACAACUUCACCCAACUUCUUUUUCUCCUCGGAAGUAGAGAUUCAAGCGUAAUGGAUCAUAUCAAUGGAAAAAUUGGACAUAAGUACAAUCACCAUGAUGUGCAAAAUGAACUCUUGAAUUUGAUGGCUUCUCAAGUAUUGCGGAAAAAGUUAGAUACCGUUCGAGAGCGCAGGUUUUAUUCUAAGAUGGCAGAUGAAGGCACUGAUGUAAGUAAUGCCGAACAACUUUCGUUUUGUGUACGAUCAGCGAAUGACGAUUUAAAUGUGAAUGAAGAUUUCUUGGGCUUUUAUAAAGUUGGCAAUACUCGAAGCGCAACUAUCGCCAAGGCCAUCAAAGAUAUUUUGCUGAGGUGCUCAUUGAACCUAUCUGAUUGUCGAGGCCAAACCUAUGACGGGGCAAGCAACAUGAUGGGAAAACGUUCAGGUGUUUCUGCCAUUAUCAAAGAGGAGCAGCCAAAAGCCAUCGCGACCCAUUGCCAAGGACAUUCCUUAAGCCUUGCUGUCAAAUCGAUGACUAAAGAGUGUCAGAUCCCCCGAGAUACAAUGGGAACUGCCGGUGAAAUUUGUGUUUUAGUGAAGUAUUCACCGAAACGGGAGAACAUGCUGGGUAAGCUGACUGCAAAUGUUGAAGGAACCCUAGGAACUGAUAAACAUGCAGGAAAGCUGGAUAAGCUGAGUACAACAAGGUGGACAAUUCGGGCGAACUGUUUCAAGAAGAUCAUCGAAAACUACGAACCACUGAUGGCGUUGUGGAACAAGAGUUUAAAUGAGAAGCUAGACGCUGAAACGAAGUUGAGGAUUAAUGGGUGUAAAAAGGAGAUGGAGUCAUUUUCAUUCUAUUUUGGUCUGAAUCUAGGACGCAAGCUUUAUGCUCACACAGAUAAUCUGUCCAUAACACUUCAGAAAGAAAAAAUGUCAGCAAUCAGCGGUAAAGAAUUGGCUGAACUUACGAACAAGACGAUGCAAGGCAUGAGAAACGAGAGAGACUUUGAUAUAUUCUACGAGACAGUCACGAAGUCAGCAAGUUCGAUGGAUUUCGUUUCUUCGACAACAGCGCCAAGAAAACGCAAAAGACCAAAGUACGACAUCUUGGAAUUUGUGGAAGGAAAUCCAAGCAGCACUGGAGAAGCCUACUAUCCUGCUCAUGCCCACUAUAAGGCCAUCUAUUUCGAAGCAAUUGACGUAAUUGUCAGCGCCAUCAAAGAGAGGUUUGAGCAACCUGCCUUCAAAGUAUUUACAGAAGUGGAACAACUGUUGUUGAAGUCAAUAAGUAAAACGCCAGCCGAAGAAGAAAUGAAGACCGUUAAUGCAAGUUUCUGUGAUGACUUUGACGAUCAAUCGUUGUUGUGUGAAUUGAAGUUGCUACCAACUAUCUUUCGUGAAUCCAGUCCUGUCAACUUCAGCGAUGUUGUAGAUGUUGUACAGUCGUUAUCAACCGAAAAACGAAAAUUGAUAAAAAAUGUCGUCAUCAUCAUACGAUUGGUUUUAACAAUGGGAGCUAUAUCCGCUACUCCGGAACGAUGA